CUUUUUUCUCCUCCCCUUUCUCUUCCUCUCUAACCCCUUUCCAUUGAUCAAAGCGAGCAUCGUCCUGACCACGGAGAUUUAUUUCGUUCCCACCCUCCAGCAAUUGAGAACCACCACCGUCUGGCCAACACCCUCGGAUUCCGCCGCGUCUUUCGCAUCUAUUUUUAAACCAGAGACGGACCGUGCGACGAGCGCAAUCAAAUUACCCACCCGUCCAUAUUGUUGGACCCUUUUUUGUUUCUCCAACCUCGAAAUCAUUUCUAGCCCUACCCGAUACUUCAAUCUACGCCAGGCAACCGCACACCCUUCCGCUAAAACGGCGCGUUUGUCGGCCGGAUUCGAGUCACGAGACCAGUGAACCCGGCGCGGUUCAUGGAAAACAAAAGACCGUGAAAGGCGUCAAGUGCGUGCAGGCACCUGGAGGUCGAGGAUGCCGCAAGCUGCGAGAUGGGCGGGCUCCCCUUCCAUCAAGGGACGGUCAGAGUCGGCGCGCAUGGCGCUGUUGACUUUCAGUUUGGUCGGAUUGCAAUUUACCUGGGGCAUUGAAAUGACCUAUUGCACGCCAUAUCUACUUCAGCUCGGUCUCACCAAAUCGAAAACCUCGCUCGUCUGGAUCGCCGGUCCUCUGUCUGGAUUGAUCAUACAACCGCUGAUCGGUGUCAUUGCAGACCGAUCGCGAUCGAAAUGGGGACGACGGAGACCAUUCAUGGUGGUGGGUUCAUUUGUGGUCACAUUCUGCUUGCUAGUUCUGGGAUGGACCUCGGAGAUUGUCGGUGUUUUCGUCAAGGAUACAGAGAAGGCCAAAAAUGCGACGAUCGCCCUGGCAGUUCUCAGUAUUUAUGCUGUAGACUUCGCGAUUAACGUUGUCCAAGCUUGCUGUCGCAGCUUGAUUGUCGACACACUGCCUAUUCCGCAACAGCAAGCUGGGUCGGCAUGGGCGUCUAGGAUGUCGGCUAUUGGCCAACUUAUUGGAUAUUUUAUUGGGUCGUUGGACACAGUCAGCAUUUUUGGCACCAUAAUUGGUGACACGCAGUUCAAGCAAAUGACAGUCAUUGCUGCAUUGUCCUUGAUAGGAGCAGUUAUGGUCACAUCUUACUCCGUCAAGGAGAGAGUCCUGAUCACUGCCAGGGACUCGGAUGGCCAGGCUGGAGCUCUCCAGGUGCUUUCUCAGCUUUUCAAGACCACUAUGGACCUGCCUCCUCGGAUCCAAGCUAUCUGCUGGGCGCAAUUUUGGGCCUGGAUCGGCUGGUUCCCCUUUCUGUUUUACAGUACAACAUGGGUCGGUGAAACUUAUUUUCGAUACGAGGUAUCCAAAGACGAAAUCCAACAAAGCGACAUGCUGGGAGAGGUUGGUCGUGUUGGCAGUCUGUCCUUAGUGGUUUUUUCGUCAAUAACCUUCAUCGGCUCGGUUCUCCUACCAUUCUGCGUACAACCACCGGAUAGCAAAAGACUCCGAUUUACUCCACGGCCCCCUCCCGGCAUGGCCGCGAUGCUUACCAAAAUCACCUCAGUCCGGCCAGACCUGCAGACGACCUGGUUGAUUUCCCACAUCAUUUUCGCCGCCACGAUGAUCUUCGCGCCCUUGGCACGAUCCCGAGCCGUCGCGACUCUCCUCGUGGCCGUUUGCGGUGUCCCUUGGGCUGUCAGCUGCUGGGCCCCGUUCUCUUUCAUGGGUGUAGAGAUCAACAAGCUCGCCACGGGGAACUCGUCACCCUCUCGUUCGUCUGGAGUAACGAUGAUUACCUCCGCUAGCGUUCGCUCCGGCACAUAUGAUAUGAACGGCGAGACCGAAAUGGAGACGCUCCGUCUCAACCACCACGAUCCCGACAGCGACAGCGAUCUCGAAGACGCAGUCUCGAAUGCCCCCUCCACCGGCGAACUGGCCGGCAUCUACCUCGGCGUUCUGAACGUCUACACCACCCUCCCCCAAUUCGUCGGCACCUUCAUCAGCUGGAUCGUCUUCAGCAUCUUCGAACCUGCCAGCACCAAGCGAGAUGAAACGGCGUCCGAUACCCAGUGGAUGGAUCUCGACCAGAGCUCCCCCAACGCCAUCUCCAUUUGUCUAUUCAUCGGCGCGUUGAGCGCCAUCGUCGCCGUGGAAGCGACCCGGCGACUACGCUACGUUCUAUAGUAGUGUCUGGCACUGGAUAUAAACCAGAACACGUCAUAUAUUGAAUUUGUCGCCUUGCAUCUUUGCACCAUUCUACCCCCACACCAGACCCACGAUCCAUUUCCAUUGGGCACACUGGACCACGAGAGUAUAUUGAUUAAGCAUAUAUCGACCAUGGAACAGACAUGGAGGGAACCACGUUUUUUCCCCCAAUACGUGGAAGGCACACCGUCUUUUUACUUUUCUCGGAUGCAUAUAUACCGGCGUUUAGACAAUGGGUACAUACUACUCGAUUAUUUAUUGGGUUAAUGAUAAUUAUAAUGUGACAUUUACAAAUCAACAAAUACAACUACUUGGGUUACCA